AUGAAGUCCCCGAAGACAACGACGGCGUCGGCGCCCAUCUUCAUUCAGAAGACGUACACGCUCUUCGAAGAGUCGCCCGCAAGUAUCGCCGCGUGGGCCAACAACGGGACCACGAUCGUCAUCAAGGACCCGCAGCAGUUUGCCACCAUGAUGCUGCCCAAGUACUUCAAGCACAACAACUUUCUCAGCUUUUACAAGAAGGAAGAAGUCGAACUCGUCAACAACGAAAACACCAAGCACUGGUGGGAGUUUUACCACGACAAGUUCCUGCGCGCCAAGCCCGAGCUCAUGGUGCAGAUCCGCCGCAAGACGUACUCGGAGGGCGACGGCACCGACAAGGAGGAAGUCGAGGAGCUCAAGAACCAGGUCAACUCGCUCCAGAGCCAGUUCCACCAGCUCACGGACCAGAUUUCGAGCUUGACAGCGCUCGUUUCAACGCUCAUCCAGACGCAGAAGCGGCCGCGCGACGACCAUGACAUCGCCGAAGCGUCGACGAAGAAGUGCAAGCUCGACGACACCUCGGACUUUGACGGCCUCUUCGAUGUCGUUGCGGACGACACCACAAUGCCGUCGCUCGACGACCUCUUCGCCGUCGAGGAGGACGAGUCAACGGUUGUGAACUCGGUGCUUGCGUCCUUUGACCUGCCCAUCGACGCGCGUUGUGGCGCGAUGCUCGGCAAUGCGUGCGUCGCAGGCCCCAGCAUGCCGUUCUGCUGCCCGAUUUAG